AAUAUAUGACUGAGAUAUCGUUGUACCGGCUCCUGCGUUCGUUGCUAUAAUAUAACUCGGUCAUUGUUAAAAUGCAGAUCCCGGAAUUUAGUCACGCGAGAGUUCUGCUAUUGACUGUGAUCCUGAACUUCGUUCUCUCCUUUCUCAGUGCGGGGGCAACGACGGAGCUUUCGGAUAUUGGCAAGACAUUAGCGAGCAUCCGUAGAGCCGCAAAAAUUGUCGUAGGAAGUACGGAUAAAGCAGAAAAUUCGUCUCGUUGCGUGAGAGACAUCAAAUUACUUUGGGAAAGUUUUGCCGCUGGAGAAAAAUGGGCUCUGCAAAUGCUGGACGCAUCGUCCAAAAUUCAACCUGGUAUCCUGAAAGGAAAUGUCCACGAUUUGGGAAUGUACGACGAAUGCGAGGAGGUUGGUGUCCGGUACAAUCCCUCGAACAUCACAGGACAACACUGUAUGAUCUCGUUGUUGGUCUCCCCCGAGUUUUUUAGCGAUCCUUCAGUAAUGUUGUUAAUGGAAAGGUUAUCUCCACUGGGUCAGAGUGCCGAAAAUGCCGUGAGUUUGAGCUCGUCUAUUUGUUUGCCUUCGUCCUGUGACGAGAAAGAUGUCUUGAGGAUCAUCCAACGAAUCAGCGAUCGAACACCAGAAUUUUCAAGGUCAGGAACAAGGAUUGCCAAGGUAAUAUGUUCGCGAUCAUCCGAGAAUGACUUGACUCUGCCGGAAAUUCUGACUAUAUUCUUCGUCACCGUGCUUGUGAUUUUCCUGAUAUUUUGCACCAUCUGCGAUCAUCUGGGGGGAAUCGGGAACCAUGAUUCGUCUCAAGCGGUAAAGAUACUGUCGAAAUUUUCGCUCCAAAAAAGUACGCUGGAUUUGUUGAAUUCAAAAACUAAACCGGGCACAAUGUCGGCUAUUCACGGACUGCGAGUAUUAAGCACGUGUUGGGUUGUCCUUGUUCACCGGUGCUUUAUCACUGCGAUUAGUCCUGUUGCAAACCUGGCUGACUUCUUGGCAAAAGAAGAUGCUUAUUUCCAGUGGCAGAGUAGAUGGUACGCAUUGUUCGUUUUCAUGAUAUCUUUUACGGUUGAUGUCUCUUUCGUUGUCAGUGGCUUUCUGACGAGUCACCAGCUUCUGAAAUCCAACGGUUCAUCAGGGAAGAAGUUCAACUUACCCAAGACCUGUUUUCAUCGAUACAUUAGAUUAACACCAUGCAUCGCGGUUUUGAUUCUGUUAACCGCAUUCUGUCUUCGUCACGUCGGAUCUGGCCCAGUAUGGAAACACUUGAUUGGCAUCAUGGUAGACAGUUGCCGAGAGAAUUGGUGGACCAAUCUUUUUUACUUGCAAAAUGUUAUAAAUCCACAGAACAUGUGUUUACCACAUACUUGGCAUUUGGCCGCUGACAUGCAACUAUUUUGGAUAUCUCGAGUCAUCCUGACCGCUUCGUAUUACUGGUCAAAACACACCCGCAGAAUUCUCAGCUUCUCUCUUUUUGUAUCGGUAAUUGUGCCACCGGUUCUCUUUGCCAUCAACGGUCACACAAGCGCAUUCUUGAAAGUCAGAAAUAACACGAGCGUACCGGAGUUCCGGGAAAACUUCGUCAACGUUUACAUGUCCACCGUUCAUCGAUCAUCCGCUUAUCUGGUGGGCGUUGUUCUCGGAUACGUAAUUGCAACGACGAAGCUUCGUCUAUCCAAGCUCCAGGUAGCAAUCCUCUGGACCGUGGCAUGCUCUCUCAUGUCACUGUGUGCCAUUGCCACUUGGCACCUUUACAGCGAUUCCUAUGUCUACGACGUGGUCUUCGAAUCAGCGUACGCAGCCUUUGCUCGACCUGCAUGGGCAAUCGCAGUGGCGUGGAUAAUUUACGCAUGCACUCAGGGCUACGGGGGUCCCAUCGCGGAGACGCUUUCAUGGCCAGGUUUUCUACCUCUGAGUCGACUCUCGUAUUGCGUUUAUUUGGUCCAUCUUGUGAUACAGGUUUCGACUGCAGCUGUGACCCGGACUUCGGUCGUGUUUUUGAAGUUUCAAAUCUUUCAUUUGUUUUGGGGUGAUCUGGCGAUCUCAAUUGGAAUGGCCUUUCUGUUCAAUAUUUUCAUUGAAGCCCCGGUGAUGGUUCUCGAAAAAAGUUUCAAAGGUUUUCACUGGAGUUGGGACACGUCACGGCUGAACUUUGUGAAAAUGAUUGGCAAGACAUACGCAAGAGGGAAAUCUGUGAAAUUUGAAUGCACAACGAAGAUUGUGCAGGUUGCACAGUCAGCCGCUAAGGCUGGCCUCUGGAUCAUCAAUAGGAGUGUGAUAGAUAAUAGUCGCUGUUCGGUAUUUCAUAUAUUUGCUCUGUUAUCGCUGUGUGCAUUCUGGACGUAUUGUUCACUCGAAUCAGACCAAUUCAAUCUCAGUAGCAAAAUGUUUUUGAUCCAUUGCGGGCAUGCGACAGUUUUACUGUUCGCUUUGUUGCAAAGUUUAGCUUCCGCGGUAUCGGUGAAUGAUGCGGAAAACACUAAGGCAGUGCUCCAACAGGCCUUCGACGACCUGCGAUCUCCGUUGAGGGAUGAAAUCAUUUCUGCAGUAAGAUCGUCCGAUUCUACUUGCGAGGAGGAACUCGCAGCAUGGAAUCAGGCAAUUCAAUCCGGUCAGCUGUGGGCGCUGCAAAUGUUGGAUGCAGCUUCGAAAAUUCAGUCGGGAAUCCUGAACGGUAACAUACGUGACCUCGGGAUGUACGGCGAGUGCAUCGGGGCCAAUGGUCAGUACAAUAACGUCACUGUUCAGGGAAAGCAUUGCAUGAUUGCACUUGGCUUGGCGUCCAAUACAUCCAGCAAUGCAACCAGCGAUACGUCCAUGGGGAUCACGACUUCGUCAAUUUGCGUGCCAUCGUCUUGCAAUGAGACCGAUGUUGUGGAGCUUAUAAAUAGCGUUCUUAAUAACACCACGAUCAUCAGCGACUUAGGACUUACAGUUAAUACAGCGAGCUGUACGCCCUUAGAAUAUGGAGAUUUCACCGUCGAAGAAAUUUUGACAAUAACAUUCUUUUCGACGAUUGGAGCGUUCGUCGUGGGGUGCACCAUUUGCGAUUUCGUGCGAAGACGCGAAUAUGCUGCAGAGUUUACUUUAAUGAACACUCUGGCGAAAUUUUCUCUGUACACCAACACGCUCAACAUUUUUAAAAUGAAAGUCACCCCUGAAACUCUGCCAGCUAUACAUGGCAUUCGAUUCUUGAGCACAUGUUGGGUCGUGUUCGGUCAUCGUUACGUCACGUCAUUGUUGAGGCCGAUGGUUAACCUCUUGGAUAUUCCGGAAUGGUUGAAUUCGUGGACUUCUCUUUACAUCUUGUUGGGACCGUUUGCCGUCGACACUUUCUUCGUGGUCAGUGGAUUUUUAAUGAGUCAUCUGCACUUCAAGGCGAUAAAAGCUGGAAAGAAUAUCAAUUUGCCGAUGAUGUACCUUCACCGUUACCUUAGAUUAACGCCAUGCGUCGCCGCGAUCGUGUUAUUCACGGCUGUUCUGCUCCAUCGCACUGCAAACGGUCCCGUAUGGAACACGAUGACCUUCAUCGUACAACCUUGUCGUGACAAUUGGUGGGUCAAUUUAUUGUACGUACAGAACUUCGUACGCAAGGAAGAAAUGUGCUUGCCUCACACCUGGUACUUGGCUGUUGACAUGCAACUCUUCUGGAUAACUCCACUAAUCUUCUAUCCGUUGCAACGCUGGCCAAAAAUUGGACUUGGUAUUCUCGGAAGCUUUCUUGUGGCCUCUGUGGUUACGCCAGGUGUCGUUCUUGGUGUAAACGGCUACUCCAACGCACUCAUCAAUUUCGAGCUGGGGCUAGGAUCGCUGGACGCCUUCUACAAGUUUUACAUACCCACUUACAAUCGAGCCUGUGCCUACUUCGUCGGAAUCAUAUUGGGUUACUCCACGAUAAAUCGGAAAAGGCUGUUCACUCCGGUAAGCGCAUCAAUCGCCUGGGCUGUCGCCGCUGUGCUUCUGAUAUUUUGCGCCGGUGCUACUCAUCAUUCCUACAACAGUAAUUAUGCGUAUAAUCUGGCGGUGGAAAUUUUUUACGCCUUAAUAUUGCGUCCAUGCUGGUCCAUCGCCAUAGCUUGGAUGAUUUACGCGUGUACUCACGGCUACGGAGGUCCCAUCACUCGCUUUUUAUCGCUACCAUUCUUCCUGCCUCUGAGUCGAUUGUCAUAUUGCAUAUAUCUGGUGCAUUUUGUGAUUCAAUUGGCGAAGAAUUCAGCUUCGCAAGUUCCUACCUUAUUUUCAAAUUUUGACUUGUUUAACGAGUACAUAAGUGAUCUGCUGCUGGCCAUCCCGAUAGCAUUUGUCUUCAGUUUAUUUAUCGAAUCUCCAGUUAUAGCAUUAGAGAAAAUUCUCACAAGUCGUGGUGGGAAACCAGAACCUCUGAGAAAGUUGAAAACUGACAACGAAAAGAAGACUGGGAUUCGUAACGAUGGGAUGGAUGAAUGCUGAUCUCAAAGUUUAUAAUGCUUAACUUACAUCCUUACGUCUUCGUUCCUUUUUUCACCUUGCCUGUAUCUUAUUUAUAAUUUAAUAAAUAAAAGUUAUUUCAUCUGUACUGCAGUGUCACGUUGGAUUCACGUCAAAUUCCAUCUAGCGCGAAAUAGUGUAUAUUAUAUAUGUUAAUUACAUAGAAUAAUCAGCCAAUAACCGAG